UCUGCUAACAGUGGACGAAUUCAUAAAUUUCACGGGUUUGGAUUCUUGAAACAAACCCGACCCGUUUUCAUCCGAACAAAGAAUCCCACCCAAAUAGGCCGAGGAAAUCAAUGGCAGCGAACCGCCGGAGCAAAAAAAUGAGAGGCUCCUCGCGCCUCUCUCUGAUCCCGCCUCCAAUUUUAGUCCCAUUUCUCUCCUUCUAUCCAUCUCUCGGUCAAAGUCGCCGUCCUUUUAAACCCCUCUCUAGAUUUCUGGCGCCUUUCUUUCCCAAUUCAACGGAAACGCCACUGCGAAAUUGGGCAAGAGGCAACUGGAUAAUCACCAAUGAUGCAAUAACUAUCCUACAUAAGGUUUGGAGCUAACAACGACUGAGAAAUGUUUCAAAAUCACGUUUAGGGAUGGAAAUCCUGCCAGAACUCUAUCCCUUGACAGGUUUACAAAUUGGGGAUAUACAAGCAUAUGUUUCAUGGGCUUUUUUGUAUUUUGCUCCUGGGAGUAAUAGAGUGCUCAUUCUCGUUGACAACCGGCCAUGGAUGAUGAACAAUCACUCAAAAUCAGCAAGGAUAUGGCAGUUAAUGGUCACCAAGUACAGAAUGUCACCAUUCACAAACACCAGGGCGCUAAACAGGUCAUCAAACAAAAAUGGAAUGAAUGAUGGCCAAGAAGAAUAUCAUGCAAAAGCAAAGAAAAUUAACUGGUGGUUUCCUGUUAUUUAUUCUACAAAAUGGCAGCCUAAGUGUCUUAUGGAUCUUAGCAAAGCUCUUCAUGGGUUCCUUGUGUUUGAAGUGGCGUGGAAAGAUGUGCACGGUAUCAACUAUCUAAAUGAACUCCAGACGGACACAUCACUUGCUCUUGACGUGAAAUCCAUGAGAAAGUGGGAAUUCUACAGCCCUGAACAAGCUUCAAAAUGUCUAUCUUCUUGGUUUUCUUGCAAUAAAUCAGAAAUUCAAUCCCUCAGGAAAAGUUUACGGCUCCUCUCUGAUUUAAACCUUCACCAACCAAGCGCUCAUUCUUCUUCUGUUUUGUUUCAAAGACCGUCUCCUUCAGAUGAUGAUUUCUUAGAUGUUCAAGAAUCUUUCACUGAAACAGGCGAUAAGGGAGAAAUCCAACACGAAAAAAUAUGCAGUUGUGAUGAAGGAUCAGUUAUAGCACCAAGUCAGUAUUCUAACACGCUGAUACUCUUUAGAUUCAGCGAUUGCAUUUUGCCAUUGAAAUUUAAGGAAAUCAUAAUGUCUGAUAUGAGACUUCUGAUACUGCUCGAGACUGGUUUACCUUCCUGGGUUAUUUUCUUCGAAUCCUAUCCUUUCUUCUGCCAUUUUUAUCGUACUUGGAUGAGGCACUUAGCAAGAACUCUCUACAUACUAAUCUCACUUGUGACUGUCAUCUUCGGUUUCUAUGAUUUAUAUAAGAAUGUGCCAUUAUUAAAAGCUACUGUUGCUCGUCUCUCUGGUCCUCUGUUCAAUUGGAUAGAAGGAUGGGAUAUGGUCACAAGGCUUCGAUAUCUUGGAACGAUGCUCUUCCUCCAAAAUAUUGAGAAAGCGUUGAAAUGGUUCUUGAUGAUGUCACGUUCAAUAGCGACGCUACUGUCAGCAAUUAUUAGACCAUUUAGUGGACCUCUUGGUGAACUUAUGGAAUUCAUUUCCCCUUUGUGGAGUGCUUGUGUUGAAGUUGCGGAGAUGUUUUUUUCUACGAUUUGGUUCAUAUUAGCUUCCAUGUGCAACGUGUUGCUUGACAUUGCGGAAUUUGUGCUGUGGCCUUUUGAGUUUUGCUGUUCGUAUCUUUGGAGUACAGUAACAUUACUCUAUCCACUCGUAUCUAUCAUCUGGGAUUUUAUUCUGGUACCCAUCCGCUGUGUGUUAACACUAGCAGACUACAUGGCAGUAUUACUGUGCAAUAUUUUUGAACUGUUCAAAGAUGUUUGGGAGUCAAUCAGAGGCAUUUUCCAAACUACAGGCAUUUUUAAAACUGCAGCUUUAUCAGGAGCAAAGAAAGGUGCAUAUGAUAUCUCGAUAUGGCAGGGGCUUUGGAGAGAUCUCUUUUCUCAGGUAUUUCGAGGUGCACGGAGUGUCAUAAAUGGUAUGGCCACUUUCUUCCUGGCCUGCAAUCGGCAUAGGCUAAGCACAUACAACCAUGUCCAAGCCUUCUUCCAGCGUGUAGCUAACCUUGGUCACAUCACUCCUCAUGCAUGCCGUUUUCAAAGGGCACAUCAAUCGGCGCAUCAAAAUGAGGAAGAGCGCAUGGAAUGUGAUCGUUGCAAAUAAGCUGGAGUGUUGGUAAAUAUGAAAGUGCUCAAAAAUCUUAUAGUGCUAAACCACAUAUUGAUAAAUAUGUUGUAGAGGAGGUUGGGAGGGUAUAUAUAUAUAGCUUGUGUGUAUGUUUUGAAAAGUUUCCUUGCAAAUAGCAAGAGUAUCCAUGCAUGGAUGUAUAUAUUAGAGUUUGUACGAUGAAAAGAAGAAGAAUAAACAUUAAAAUUUAUUUCUCCGAGUA